AUGCCGCCCGCCUCCCGCCCCGCCCCCGCCUCCUCCGCUCCGCCCCCGCUGCCCCGCGCUCCCCGCCGCCUCAGCCGACGCCGCCCGCUCAAGGCGGCACAACCCGCCGCCGCCCCCUCCGCCGGUGGCGCUGCCAGCCGCGGCGGCGGCCCCUCGACCCCGCAUGUCCUGUGGGCCGCACGGGGCGGCGAGGGAAAUGCCGGCGCGGAGAAGCCGCGUGGGGACCCGCCCUCCUCCGUCAGGCGGCUGGCCGCGGCGGUGUGGCGGCUGCGGCCACCCGAGGAGGCACCCGCCGCCGGCCAGCGCGCUGACGCCGCCGCCGCCCGUGUCGGGCUCGAGCAUAUACCAAGGCAUCUACAAGGUCAGCUUCUGAGGAAGGAUCCUCUUGGCCACCACCAUCGUCUGAAGGAUGACAUUUCAAGCCCCAACUCCGUCCUGGAGCCACAUAGUGGAGAGCUCCACAAGGUACAUCUUCGUCUUGCCUCCAGCAUGGAGGAUGCGACAAAAUGGGAGCCUGUAAACAUAAAGAGCAUUGAACCAGAUGGUGCUUAUGUGAUUGCCAGUCAACUAAAUCUCGUUGAGGAACAGCAUGGGGGAAGUUAUGUUGCUAGCCUUGAGAUGGAGCUUCAGCAGGCGCGGGAUAGGGUAAGCAAGCUAGAAGCGGAGCGGGUUUCAGCAAAGAAGCAACUUGAUCACUUGUUCAAGAAACUCGCAGAGGAGAAAGCAGCUUGGCGGAACAGAGAGCACAAGAAGGUUCGAGCCAUUCUUGAAGAUAUGAAGGCAGACCUGGAGCAUGAGAAAAAGAACCGGAGGCAGUUGGAGACUAUUAACUUCAAACUUGUUGAUGAGUUGAAAGAGGUCAAAAUGGCAGCGAAGCAGCUACUGCAGGAGUAUGACAACGAGCAAAAGACGCGGGAACUCACAGAGGAGGUGUGCAACAAGCUGGUGAGGGAGAUAGAGGAACACAAGUCAGAGAUUGAAGCCUUGAAGCAGGAUUCUGUCAAACUGCGGGGUGAGCUGGAUGAGGACAGGAAAUUGCUACAGAUGGCUGAGGUGUGGCGUGAGGAGCGAGUGCAGAUGAAACUUGUCGAUGCCAAACUCACUUUGGAGGCCAAAUAUGAUCAGUUGAGCAAACUGCAGGAGGAUGUAGAGGCUUUCAUUUCCACUUUUAGCUCUUCCAAAGGAGACAGCACAGUUGUUGAAGCAGCAUGCAAUAUUGCACAGACCAUUGGAGCGGUUAGAGAGGAAGAGGUCAAAUUCACGUAUGAGCUACCACGAGCAUCGGAAGAUAUAUUGUCCAUCUUUGAAGAGCUGCGCCCAAGUGACGAAACUGUUACAAAGGAGACUGAACCAUGCCCAAAGCAGAGCUAUGCAAUGUGCAAAUCAGAAAUCCAAGAAGCUAGCUCAGCGUCUGAUAUAUUUCUGGAAAAUCGAGCCAAAUUGUUUCAAGAUGGAAACCAUUCUGAUGAGAGCGAAAUGGAAGAUGGCAGCAGCUGGGAGACCAUGAGCCAUGAAGAGAUGCAGGGCUCAAGCCACUCGCCAUAUGGAAGCGAUCCUUCAGUCAACAAGAUCUUUGACAGAAUUUCCUGGACGAGUGGAAACGAUUCUGAGGGUGGGCAGACCAACAAGCUGUGUGAUGACUUGAGCAAUGUGUACCUGACCGACAUGAAACAGCCCAAGAAGAAAGAGUCUGCCAUAUCGAAGCUCUGGAAGUCAUCCCCUCUGAAAAACUACGAAUUCCGCACGAAAGAUGCUGCAGAGAUGACAAAUGGGAGAUCAUCGAGUGCAAGUCUUCCCAAUGGUGUGUUCUCAAAUGCCAAAGGCUUGAAUUUAGAUAUGGGAGACAGCACCCCAAGUACAGCACAGUGGAGCUCACCGGAUUCAAUGAACAGCCAGCUCAACCGGGGUUUCAGAGGUUGCAUGGAGUUGGUUCAGAGGCAGAGCCUCAAGGCGAAGCUUUUAGAAGCCCGGAUGGAAACACAGAAGAUUCAGCUUCGUCAUGUGCUCAACCAGAAAACCUAAUUUAGAACUGCAGUUCGCAUCCAGAAAUAAAAUUCCAAGCAUUGAAUUUUUACUUCAUUUCUCUUGUGCAUUGUAGAAUGUAACUUAGUCUCUUGUGCUUCUACUUCAUAGAACUAUAUAGCUAGCUGUAGCCUAGUAGGCUGACCUGGCCAUAGUUGAUGCAUCUGUCUAAUUGUGGCAGUACAUUUGACAGGUUAUAGCGUCGUCUUUGUGCGUAAUGUAGCGGUAAACCAGAAGCUUCAGACCAACUGUACCAGUAAUGUAGCAGCAAACAAGCACUGUUCAGGCAAA